CUCCAGUAUGAUUUGUCUUGUCCUUUGAAGAACCUUUGCUGACGUCAAUCUGAAACUGCUCAUGUUUAGGUUGUUGCUUAGUGGGCCGGUUAUUGGGCUCACUUUAUAGUUUAUUUCCGUUCCAGGACUAUGUUAAAAUGAGAUUCCAUUUUGUGCCGUUGGAUCACGUACUAGUGUUCAAGUGUUCUUAACCUGAUUGGCUCUUCGCAAGGAACUGAUUAUGAUAGUAAUUUCUAAUUUCAAUGACCAUUUUUUAUAGCGUUUUUUUGGAUGGACAAGGGGAUGAUUGAAGUAACUACACAAGAAAACUAAAAGCUGGAAUGGUCUUAGAUUUUUUUCUUUACCAGGACUCAAGCCUCAUGAUGCUUAUUUUCUUUGAUAGGUUUUACUUUUUUACAUUUGUACUUUUGAUACUUCAAACAUUUUGACUUUUAUUUCAUUUUCUUUGAAGUCUUUCAUCCCAAUGCAUUGAAAAAUGUAGGCCGUGAAACGUCCUGUGUCAAUGUGUCAACAUUGAUUUUGGGGACAUCUUUGCCGUUACAGUGACGUAGCUCGAUCAUUGGUCAAUCCUGUCCAAGGUGAGACAGGCGGCUCCAACAAAGGCUUCUGGAUGUCGCGUCUCCUGCGGAUCAGGUGAAAGCGGGCGAGCAGGUGGACAGGAUGAAGGAGGAGAAUUUGUUCCAACGGAGGUUUUCUCUGUGCCCCAAUGCCACUUCCCCACCCAAAAUUGACACACGCUCCCUCACCCGAAACUUGUCCUAUGGAGGAGAAGACGACCUGUACAACAUCAGCCCAGGCAGUGAGACAGACAGACACGGUCUCUCCAUGCUGAGUAAUGAACUUAGUCCUGCCCUGUCUCCAGGCAGCAAGUCCGAAUCCAAGAUGUUUAAUGGACUUGAGAAAGAAUGCCCCUCCCCAACGGAGAAGCUGGCGCGAAAGGAGUCUCUUAAGGUGCAGAAGCAGAAUUACAGACAAGAGAAGAAACGAGCUGCAAAAGAAUUGUUUAGUGCGCUGAAAGAUCCAAGUGUUGUCAUCAUGUCCAACUGGCUAAAGAUCCGGGGUUCUUUAAAGAGUUGGACCAAACUGUGGUGCACCCUUAAGCCUGGUGUUCUCCUGAUAUACAAGACCCCAAAGGCAGACCACUGGGUGGGCACGGUCCUUCUGACUGCGUGCAAGCUGAUCGAAAGACCGUCAAAGAAGGAUGGGUUCUGCUUUAAACUCUAUCAUCCACUGGACAAAUCCAUCUGGGCUGUCAAGGGUCCCAAAGGAGAGAAUGUUGGCUCCAUCACUCAGCCUCUACCAAGCAACUACCUGAUCUUCCGAGCUGCCUCAGAGUCUGACGGUCGGUGCUGGAUGGAUGCCUUGGAGCUUGCCCUUAGCUGCUCCAGCCUCUACAAGCUGACUGCCAAAUCAGGGAGGGAGGGAGAUAUUGCCACAUCUCCAGAGUCUUCCCAUAUUCUUCAUCUCCUCCAGUCUGCGUCACUCACUGAUGCAGAGCUCCUACAGUUGAAUGACAGUGGGCUUCUCGGAAACCACCACAUGGACCAUGACGGCUUUUCAGACAAAUCUGAGCGCGACACUCACGAUGACUGGGACACGACUGCCAACGAGAACGGCGGCCGGCUCACGGAGGAGAGCGACGUGGACCAAUCUGAUGAGCUGUCUCCUGUUUCGCAAGCCACAGCUUACAUCGAGCAGGGCACAGAGGAGAUGGCUGAGGCUGGUGAGGCGUCGCAAGUGGAUACAGUUUCAGAAGAGAACAAGGGUCUGAUCUGGGGUCUGCUGAAACAGCUGAGGCCCGGCAUGGACCUUUCUAAAGUGGUGCUUCCUACAUUCAUACUUGAGCCUCGUUCUUUCCUGGACAAAUUGUCAGACUACUACUAUCACGCCGACCUGCUCUCACAGGCUGUGGCAGAGGAAAGUGCUUAUGGUCGCAUAAAGCAGGUGCUGAGGUGGUACUUGUCUGGCUUUUACAAAAAGCCAAAGGGUCUAAAAAAGCCUUACAACCCAAUCCUGGGAGAAACAUUUCGCUGCUGCUGGCUCCACCCCCAAAGUGACAGCUGCACCUUCUACAUUGCAGAACAGGUGUCCCACCAUCCGCCCAUCUCUGCCUUUUAUGUUUGCAAUAGGAAAGAUGGCUUUUGUAUCAGCGGGAGCAUCUUGGCCAAGUCUAAAUUUUAUGGAAACUCACUCUCUGCUAUUUUGGACGGUAAAGCCCGGCUGCUCUUUCUGAGCAGAGAUGAGGAGUAUGUCAUCACCAUGCCCUACGCUCACUGCAAAGGGAUCCUGUACGGCACCAUGACGCUGGAGCUGGGGGGGAAGGUGACCAUUGAGUGUGAGAAAACCAAAUGUUUUGCUGAGCUGGAAUUCAAACUCAAGCCUUUGCUCGGAGGCUCUUGUUCAGUGAAUCAGAUCAGUGGGAAAAUCUUUGUGGCCGAGGAGCUGGCAGCUACCAUUGAUGGACACUGGGACAGUGAAGUCUUCAUCCAAGAGAAGCGCACGGGUCUGCAGGACACCUUGUGGAACCCCAGUGCAGAAGUGCGAAGCGCCCGCCUGAAGAGACAAGUGGUCCAGUUGGAGCAGCAGGGGGAGUUUGAGUCUGAAAGACUGUGGCAGCGCGUGACCAGUGCCAUUCUGGAUCGGGACCAGGUGCGUGCCACACAGGAGAAGUUUGUGCUGGAAGAAGCGCAAAGGAAGGAAGCCCGGGAUCGAGGAGACAGACCCUGGAAUCCGAGGCUGUUCCAGCUGGACCCGGUGACCAGCGAGUGGACCUACAAGCACAUAGAUGUUCAACCGUGGGACCCAGAGCGAAGCCUCGUUCAGUUUGAGAAGGACGGCGUGAUCCAGACACACGAGAGAAGACUGAGGCGCCACAACGGCCUGUCGUACAGCCACAGCUGGGUCAGCCAGCAGAAGGUGGAGCUGAAUGGAAAGCACCGUAAAGCCAGCAGCCAACCCUCCAGCUGCAGCCAGAACACGGAGAGCAGCAGCACCACCCCCGAGCCCACGCACGAGUCCUCGGACAAUGAAGAAUUCUCCAGCCAGUGCGCUCGCUGCAGCAAAGAGGUGAAGGACAUCGCCGCCCUGGAGGCUUCAAUCACAUCCAUACAGAAAACACAGAAGGAUAUUCAGAGAAACGUGUUGGCGUUGAGCCGACAACUGUCGCGGCAGAGGGCGGCCGACGACAGCGUGUCGCUCACCGGCCGCCACUGGCUGAUCCUCUCCGUCCUGCUUCUCUCUCAGCUCCUUCUCAACUACUUCACCUGAAUGGGGGUUCCUCACCACUCACCUCCCCCCCCCUCACACUGAUCUGGCAUCAGAUCCCGCCUGCAAGCACAAACUCUAAUCAGCAGGGGGGGCUCAAGUCUCAGAUUAGCGCUUUGGUGAGGAGCAUGGACUGCAAAGCAAUAAACACAGCCGCCGCCUGUCAGUCAUCCGCAGAGAGCGAUGGCGCCCCCUAGUUUAGCCAGACUGCAACAGCACCGGCACCCGUGCACUUUUGACAGAGGAGGGACACAGAAGUAGCCGAAAGGAAUUUCAAUAAAUGUAUGAAGAAGAUUGGAUUCAUGGGAAGAAUGACAGAUAGGAUGUUUUAUCAUUCCUUAGUGUCUUUUUUUAUACCGCCCUGCAAUACUGUUUAUCUGUCAGCGUGUGUGUGUGUGUGUGCGAGUGUGGCGUUCACGACGACGGUGGGCCCCUUUUGUGCCGGCAGAUCUUCACUCUCCCUGCUCUCCCUUCACUCCAGAUUUUGGGCCUUAACGCUAAAGCCAAAAAUACGGAGACAAAACAAGAGAAGGAAUCUUCCAGCAGUGCAAUUCUGUUUUAUAUCGAUGUACGCUCGCGUCCAUAGUUUCUGUCUUCAAGUGACGAUGAUACCAAAACAGUAUUUAUAAUCAGAGAGGACAAAGAGUACUUGUUUACAGGGAGCACUGUGUGCGUGUGUGUUAGCCGUGACACUGGGAGCGAAGGAUCUUGGGAGGCGGUGUGUCUUUGUAACGUUGUGCCUGUUGUGGUGUCAUGGAAGGGAAGGAGGGCAGAGAACCACUGAAGACGACCCAUGUGUGACGCCUCUGUCCACGUCAUAUUCAAGUGAGUGUUUUUAACUUUGUAUCUUGUCCUUUAAGUUUUUCUUUGAAACCAAUUUGUACAUAUUUGUCUGGAGUCCACUCGUGGUCUGUGUUUUUAAAAAAAGAUUUCCGAAUGUAUUUAUUGGACGAUAAACUCUAAUCAAAAUGUAGUCGAACGCCGGGAAACCGUUUUGUCCGUUGUAAAUUACAAACUGUGAGACUCGGUUCUGGACUCAGGACCAAGUGUCAUGAGGGUCGUGGAGAUUUGAGGGGGGAGGGAGGGUCUGAGGGAGCGUGAAGAUGUGUACACUAAUGUGUGAGGAAGUGCAUGUUUGCGAGAAAGCCAUCACAGUUGUGAAACACAAGAAACCAGAUCUGUGACUCUGGUGAGCACCAGUUUUUAUCUCCUCAGCCCUGCGGUUUCCUUUUUUUACUUGACUGCCAUGUGAGAAUUCUACAUGCCACCUUUGUUUUUCAGUACGAAAGAAACGAGAACAUGCCCCAUGUUUUCAUGACAGAUGUACUGUAGCACUACAGUAAAACAAUUUAACCAA